AGAUAAAAAGAACACCCUGGUUGUUUUGAAUCCUGAAUAUCUUUCAAGGCAUUUCGCAAAUCCAACAGAAGAUAAAAUGAAAAAAGAAGAGGGCAAGAACCCACAUAUUCAACUUCCUCCAAAUAUCACCUUACAUCCUGGUUCCCCUUUGGGAAACAAUUUGGAUAUCAAUCUCCCUGCACCUGAGCGUCAGCCUGCAUCCCAAACUGUGGAUAAGGGCUAUAACCAGCCUGGUGCUCAGCAGUAUCAACAACCUGUUGGUCAAUAUCCUCAGCAGCAACAUCCUCAGCCUAUUCCUCAUCAGCAAUAUCCCCAGCACAUACCUCAGCAAUACCCACAGCCUCCUGUUGAACCUGGUCGCCAACCUGUUGGCCAGCAAAAUCCUCAACAGCCAUAUCCACAGCCUAUUGCUCAGCAAAAUCCUCAACAGCCAUAUCCACAGCCUAUUGCUCAGCAACAUCCUCAACAGCCAUAUCCACAGCCUAUUGCUCAGCAACAUCCUCAACAGCCAUAUCCACAGCCUAUUGCUCAGCAAUAUCUUCAACAGCCAUGUCCUCAGUCUUUUGUCCAGCCUUCUAACCAACCUGUCAAUCAACAAUAUCCGCAGCCUGCUCAACAACCAGUUAUACAGUGCAAUCCACAACAAAACCAGAUUGUUCAGAACGUAAACCAGGUGAUGGUGGUGGAACAGAUGCCAACGAAUGCUCCUGGAAAUAUGCAAUGCCCACAUUGCAACAUCAGUGUUGUGACCAUAAUCCAGCCCAUAAUUGGCAUUUACACCUGGAUGAUUGCUGUAUUGCUUUUUUUUCUUGGGUGUUGGCCUUGCUUGUUCAUCCCUUUUUUUGUGAGUUCUUGCAUGGAUGUGCAGCAUUCCUGUCCACGAUGCAACAAUGUUCUGCACAUUUACAAUCUCAGGUGCUGGCCCUUCUGUUUAAUCCCUUUCUGUGUGGACUCUUGCAAGGAGGAGCAUCAAAUCUGUCCACAAUGCAAAAGUCGUCUGUAG